AUGAGCUUCAACGUCUUCAAGAAAACUAUCACUGUGCACGGUGCCCGCUUCCCAGAACCCGUCUUGCAGCCCAGGCUGGGGAACGAGGAGACCUUCGUGCUCAACCUUCCAGUCAGAAGCCUUCCCAACAGACUUGAUGGCGUCUGGACUCGAGCUAGGACGGCAAGAACAUGCGGCACAGCUGCCGGUGCAGUAGCUGUCAGAGCAUACUCGGCGAUGCAGAUCUUCUUCACGCGCCCAGAUAAACCUCGAAAGAUCUUUCCAAGCUCCUCGGGUGACUUGAAAUACCAGAUGCAGUGGGCCAAUACUGCCACGUCCCAGGACAGGCCUUCGCCCGCUGUCUGGCUGAGGUAUUGCUCUGGUGUGGCCUGA